AUGGCGUCGAUGAGGGAGAGCGACACCGGCCUGUGGCUCCACAACAAACUAGGGUCGACGGACGAGCUGUGGACUCCUUCGAGCAUCGCAUCCCUACUUACAGUGUCGGUCAUUGAUAAUAUACGACUGUGUUUCUCUAGUCUUUCGCCUCCGGUGAAGCUGAAACUCUUGGUGGGGAUGCUGCACCUCCCGCGCAGGACCGUGGAUGAGAUGAAGGAGGCUCUGUCAGAGAUCAUUCAGUUGGCCACAGUGGACUCUGAGCCAUGGGUGUUAAUGGUGGCUGACAUCCUAAAAUCCUUUCCAGAUACAGGCUCGCUAAACCUGGACCUGGAGGAUCAGAACCCUAAUGUACAAGACAUACUUGGAGAGCUGCGUGAGAAAGUGAUUGAAUGUGAAGCAUCUGCCAUGUUGCCUCUGGAGUGUCAGUAUCUGAAUAAGAGUGCUUUGACUACGCUAGUGGGGCCACUUACUCCACCCAUCAAGCACUUCCAGCUGAAGCGGAAACCCAAGAGUGCUACGCUCAGAGCUGAGCUGCUGCAGAAAUCCACAGAGACUGCCCAGCAGUUAAAGAAAACGGCAGGAGUCCCAUUUCACUCGAAAGGAAGAGGACUGGUGAAGAAGAUUGACACCACAACACCGCUAAAAGGCAUUCCUAAAGCACCAUUCCGUAGCCCAACAACCCCAAGCAUGUUCAGCCCCCCCAGCAACAGAACACCUAUUGCCCCUACCCGCACACCCCUGCGCAAGGAGAGGGGAGUCAAGCUGUUAGAUAUAUCGGAGUUGGAUAUGGUAGGAGCUGGCAGAGAAGCUAAGAGGAGAAGAAAGACUUUGGAUAUAGAAGCUGGAGAGAAGGCCGCCAAAGAAGAGGCAGUGGUGGAGAACGCAACGCCAGACUAUGCAGCUGGAUUGGUGUCCACACAGAAACUGGGGGCACUAAACAAUGAGAGCGCCUUGCCGUCAACCAGUUACCUUCCCGCCACCCCCAGCAUGGUUCCCUCCUCAUCCUAUAUUCCCAGCUCAGAGACACAGCCAGCCAAUGCAGGUGGUUCAGUGCGUGAAACUACAAACCGGCAGUCGGAGGAGUUGCCUGCUCCCAACGUUGCUCCUGCUUCGUUACCCGGCCAGUUCAAGCAACGGCCACCCAUGUAUAAUGCCAGCACUGCCAGUCCCACUGCCCCUACUUCACCCACCACGCCAACCAGCACACCCACCAAUAAUGCCCCGCCCCCUGCCGCUACAGCAACACAGCCAGACAUGCCCACACAGCCGCCCACCACUGCAGCCCAGCCCGCACCCACACCAGGGCCUCCACAAACCCAACCUAAAAAGAACCUGUCGCUCACGAGAGAACAGAUGUAUGCUGCACAGGAAAUGUUUAAGACUGCAAACAAAGUUACACGGCCAGAAAAAGCCCUUAUCCUGGGCUUCAUGGCAGGAUCACGAGAGAACCCCUGUCCAGAACAGGGCGACAUCAUUCAGAUCAAACUGAGUGAGCAUACAGAAAUACUGCCUAAAGCAGAUGGAACGGGCAGCACCACCAUGCUGGUUGACACAGUGUUUGAGAUGAACUACUCUACUGGGCAAUGGACCCGGCUCAAGAAAUACAAACCCAUAACCAACAUCUCCUGAGGAGGACUGGGUUAACAAUAACACACACAUGCACAAACACACAGUCAGCGUGUGGUUACAUAGACACAUAUGUACAAAUUCAUACACCCCUCUUCGGUGUCAUCUACACACAUUAUGUACAUGCGCUAGAAUGUACAUAUAUAUAUAUAUAUAUAUAUAUACGGGCCAAAUUUGGAGGUAUUGGGAAUAUGCGGUAGUGACUCAAAGUGGGCAAAUUGUUAGAGAUUCAGACAGUUGUGAAGGACAUGCCAAGUCCCAAAGGCAUUGCCAAAGACAGGGACCCACUUCUAAGACUUGUUUUCCUUAUCUUUUUGUUAACGUUUGUAUCUUCUCUCGUUUUUAUGCCAAAUUCAAAUUUCUGAGUGUUGGGGAAAUGUGAUGAAACCGAGGCAGGGCUUGUUAGUUGUCUUAACCUACUUUUGACUGACACGUUAGUACAAGAUCUUACAAGGGUACAAACAUGCUAUUACAGUGUCCCCCAAAUGAAACAAAAGCAUCUGUCGGUGUUUUCUCACUCAAUGUAAAAAAAAAAUUCAAGUUCCUCCUUGACCAAUGGACAGAAAAAAUAAAUGAAAACGAUAAACAACCCAAAAAGUGCAAAACAGGUUAUUUUCUGUUUAAAACUGUUCAAGAAUGUAAUUUUUUUUUUUUUAAAAGAGGAAAUAAAUGGAAACAUGUCCAGAUUUAAAUUGAAAAUCUGGGUUCCAAUGAGGCACUUACAAUGGAAGUGAAUGAGGCCAAUCCGUAAACGUUAAAAUACUUACUGCUUCAAAAGCAUAGCUACAAGAUGUAAACAAUAUGCAUGUUAACAUGAUUUUAGUGUGCUAACCUUUUCUGUGGUAAGUUAUAGCCAUUUUACAACUUUGUUGCCAUGAUGACAUAAUGCCAUAAACUCUAAAACAAUUGUAAAAACUACAAGUUAAACAAAUUUACAGCUCAAAAAAUACACACAUUUUAACAGAAGAAGUAAUAUAAGUGCUUUUGUAAAAUUAUAAGCUUCACAUAUUUGCCUUUAGUUUAAACCCUGCAAAAAAAAUUGGCCCCAUUCACUUACAGUGUAAGGGCCUUACUGUAACUGUGAUUUUUGCUUUUUUUUUAAGAAAAGGAAAAAAAUAUUUCUUGUGUAAUCAAUAUUUGCUGUUGAUUGAGCUUAACUUGUAUUGAACCCAAAAUAUUUCAAGUUUUGUCUGUAUCCAAAGUAUGAGACAAAUGUGAACAAAUUAUUUUAACUGUAAGGAUACUUGGGAGAUGCUGUGAGUGCGUGAAUAUGCAUGUAUACUGCAUUUGAUGAAUUUGGUACAGUACAGGUUUCUGAAGGAAAACAGUGACUCGGGGUGAA